CAAGUCCCUUCGCUUUUACAUCUUUUAUAAAAAGAGUUGUUCUGUUCCUCUCAGCCAUGAGCUCCAUCACUAGCAGUAGGAUCCUUCCUGAUCAUAAAGAGGAGUCUCCCAGCGAGGACAUUAAGAGCAAUGUAUCCAUUACGGUCAGAGAGACGGGCCCAGCCAUUGCCAAACCUGCUGGAAUUGCAUCAUUGUUUGGAAAGACCGAAUAUAUAGGAGGGAUUGAAACCAGUUAUAGAAAAUCGAGAGGGCAGACGAUAUCCGGCGGACUAUCGGGGCUUAUAGAACGCUUGCCAUCCGGUGAUAUUGUCAAAUCACCGUGGUUAGGCUCUCGCGCUACUCAGUCUCGCAGUGAUAUCACGCUCGAGUACCAAAUAUACAAGAGACUAGGCCCUCAUCCCCGCUUAGUAAGGAUAAUUGCAUGGGAUUCCGAAGAGUGCGCUCUUACUAUAGAGUAUAUGUCAAACGGCUGUCUUAAGGAUUACCUUUGUGCACACAACGACGAGAUAUCAGAGACACAACGCCUUCGUUGGAUACGAGAAGCAGCAGAAGGAGUUCAUCUACUACACUCGGCAGGAGUUUUUCACUGCGAUAUAGCGCCUAAGAAUUUUCUACUCGAUGCAGAUCUUAGUCUUAAGAUUGCUGACUUUGGUUCAUCUUCUCUUGAUGGUUCUCGACCGUCAGGCUGCGCCUCGACACGGUUUAUAACGCCCGAUUUUACUUUUCGUACCCCACCGACAGUUCAGGAAGAUUUGUACGCACUAGGCUCUACGAUGUACAAUAUCAUGACCGGCAAAGCCCCGUACCAGGAGCUAGAGAGCGACGAAGUUGAAAGACGUUACUGCGCUCAGGAUUUCCCUGACAUAACGGACAUACCUUGUGGGAAGAUCAUUCAGCGCUGUUGGCGUUCUGACGUUGUCUCUGCUCAAGAAGUAUGUGACUUUGUUGAAAGAUAUAUAAACAAAGAAACACUGCAAGGUUAAUCAAAAGCAACGACCCGGUGGGACAUGCGGGAGAACAAGGCAAGGCACGAAGCCACCUGAAUUAUUUUCCACUCACUUUGAGGGUUCCAGGCAUUGACAUUUGUCGCGUUGUUUGAUUAAUCAUUUGGAGAGCCAUAUCAAAUGACCUAUAUAUCAAGAUGUUGAUUAGGCUGAUGUUGUUGGAUGAAAGUACGUGGGCAUGCUGUCAAUCUAUGUUGGCCUAAGACAUAGUUGUGUUGCCUUGUGCAAGUGUCAGGCAUGUUGCCUGGAGCUCUUUCAAGUAGCUGCGAGUCCUACGCUGGGUAAAACCUGACUUAUACCUGUACCUGCUUUUUACUGCCCUAGUUUUCUCUUUAAAUGAUAUUUUCUGAGGCAGUUGGCCGCGCCGUAUUCUACAUGAGCAAGUGCUGUCUUGAUUCAGGCAGGCAAAGAGGUCUUCUCCACUGGUGCUCGUACACCUAAAUUUAUGACUGGAACAAAACUUCCAGACUC